AGCGCCGCGGCGCGGGCGGGCAGCGUUCCGAGGGGCUGGAGCGCGGCGGAGCCAUGCAGUACCCGCACCCCGGGCCGGCGGCUGCGGCGGGCGCAGUGGGGGUGCCGCUGUAUGCGCCCACGCCGCUGCUGCAGCCCGCACACCCGACGCCCUUCUACAUCGAGGAUAUCCUGGGCCGUGGGCCCACCGCGCCCACGCCCACCCCCACGCUGCCGUCUCCCAACUCCUCCUUCACCAGCCUCGUGUCCUCCUACCGGACUCCGGUGUACGAGCCCACGCCGAUCCAUCCCGCCUUCUCGCACCCCUCGGCCGCCGCGCUGGCCGCCGCCUACGGCCCGGGUGGCUUCGGAGGCCCUCUGUACCCCUUCCCGCGGACGGUGAACGACUACACGCACGCCUUGCUGCGCCACGACCCCUUGGGCAAACCCUUGCUCUGGAGCCCUUUCUUACAGAGGCCACUACAUAAAAGGAAAGGUGGCCAGGUGAGAUUCUCCAACGACCAGACCAUCGAGCUGGAGAAGAAGUUUGAGACCCAGAAAUACCUCUCCCCUCCUGAGCGGAAGCGCCUGGCCAAAAUGCUGCAGCUCAGCGAGAGACAGGUGAAAACCUGGUUUCAGAAUCGGCGGGCUAAGUGGAGGAGACUAAAACAGGAGAACCCUCAAAGCAAUAAAAAAGAUGAACUGGAAAGUUUGGACAAUCCCUGUGAGCAAGGACAAGACUUGCCCAGUGAACAGGAUAAAGGUGCUUCAUUGGAUAGUUCUCAAUGUUCCCCCUCCCCUACCUCUCAUGAAGACCUGGACUCUGAGGUUUCAGAGGAUUCUGACCAGGAAGUGGACAUUGAGGGCGAUAAAGUCUACUUUAAUGCCGGAUAAUGGUCACAGAUGAUCGACUUGGUCUGAAAACUGGAUUUGGGAAUUAACAUUCUUCACAGAAGAACUGGAAAAUGGAAAUCCAUGAUAUUCUGGUGUUUUCUGGACACCCAGAACAUUUGGUGCACUGGCUAAUUAACAAACCUCCAUUGAAGCCUUAAUUUUCACUUAACAAAUGAUGUACAUAUUGUUUUUAUGUUUUGAUAAAGUGACUAAUUUCAUCCCCCCUUUAAAAAUUGUUUCUAUUUAUAAGAAGUAAUUUUGAACUUGUUAAAAAUUUUAAGUUAUAACUUAAAGGCUUUACUAGUAAGGAGCUCGUGAAUGACUGUUCUAUAAUUGUAUUUACAUUCUACUUGAUGGAAAAGCAAAGGAACACUCUCCAUCCAGAGGUAGGUCAUGGAAAAAGUCCUCCUCCCCCAUUUCAGACAGCCCUGGGAUACUUUAAAAGAAAACAUUACUUUUAUGACAUUCCUAGACCUGGGAGGUGGGGGGGCUUCAUAAAUCCAAAUUCACUUCAGUGAUCUUGUCUGGAGGAUGUUGGGUUCCUUUUGUAAGGGAAGAGUUAAAAACAAAACAAAACAAAAAAAACCCAAAAAACAAAGCAAAAAAAAAAAAAAACCCAAAACGUGAAAACUCUUGAGCGCUUGCUUUUGUCCUGUCACUUGGGACCUGUUUGACCAAGGUGCUAAGGAGGGGAAUACAGCCCCUCGGGCAGAGAUACUGACUCACCCGUGAUUAAAAUUAAUCACAAGCUAGACUUAGUAGCUUAAGUGUAAGUGGAUUGUAGAUAAUGUUUAUAUCAAACAAUGUCCAUAACGUGUACAUAAAAUGGCUCACCGUAAAA